GUCGGGGAGGCUGCUUUGCACACCAGGGCCGACCCAGCUGUGUGUGUGUCUGUCCUCCUUGUGCACGGAAGGCCACACUCCAGCCAGCUCUACCAGCAUGUGCCAGAGACACACUGGCCCAUUGUGUACUCCCCGCGCUACAACAUCACCUUCAUGGGCCUGGAGAAGCUGCACCCUUUCGAUGCCGGGAAAUGGGGCAAGGUGAUCAAUUUCCUAAAAGAGGAAAACCUGCUGUCAGACGGCAUGCUGGUGGAGGCCCGGGAGGCCUCGGAGGAGGACCUGCUGGUGGUGCACACGAGGCGCUACCUCAACGAGCUCAAGGUUAAAAAAGAAGUGCCCUUUGGCCAGGCACGAUGGCACACACCUGUCAUCCCAGCAACUUGGGAGGCUGAGGCAGGAGGAACGCAAGUUGGAGAACAGCCUCACCUUAGGAGCAGAGCCAGGGGUGGGGACCCGGCUGCAGGCGGUGCCAGGAGCAUUCUGUGGUCCUUCGCGGUCGCCACCAUCACAGAGAUCCCCCCUGUCAUCUUCCUCCCCAACUUCCUUGUGCAGAGGAAGGUGCUGCGGCCCCUUCGGAUCCAGACAGGAGGAACCAUCAUGGCGGGAAAGCUGGCGGUGGAGCGAGGCUGGGCCAUCAACGUAGGGGGCGGCUUCCACCACUGCUCUAGCGACCGGGGCGGGGGUUUCUGUGCCUACGCGGACAUCACACUGGCCAUCAAGUUCCUCUUUGAGCGAGUGGACGGCGUCUCCAAGGCCACCAUCAUCGACCUCGAUGCCCAUCAGGGCAACGGGCACGAGCGGGACUUCAUGGACGACAAGCGUGUGUAUAUCAUGGACGUCUACAACCGCCACAUCUACCCCGGGGACCGCUUUGCCAAGCAGGCCAUCAGGCGCAAGGUGGAGCUGGACUGGGGCACGGAGGACGAGGAGUACCUGCACAAGGUGGAGAGGAACAUGGAGAAGGCCCUGCAGGAGCACAGCCCGGACGUGGUGAUCUACAACGCUGCUGACAUCAGCCUGGCCGGGCGCUGUGUCCCGGAGGACCUACAGUGGUAG